UGUCCGCGCCGCGGCGGGGCCGGAAUCCUGAGGCCGGGGAGGAAAAGCGCUGAGUCCCGAGCGCCGCCCGCCUCCCGCCGCCAUUUUGUACCCGGAGAGGGCGGUGGCGGCGGGAGGGGAGCUCCCCUGGGGCCGGGCUUGGGCCCCGGGCGGGGCGGUGGCGGAGGGCGGGCCCGGCAGGCUGUUACCGUCUGGGAGGACAGAGGUGGGGUCCUGAGGUUGGCGGCCGCGUGAUGCUCCGGCUCCCCGCCGCCCAGCUUCGAGACUUCGGCUGGCCGGUCCCUCUGGGCCGCGGUGUCCUGCAGUGCCACGCUGGAUGCAGCCCGCGACAGUGUUAGAGCUUACUAAGAAGUGUACGGAAAUCAAGUCAUGGAUCCACCUGCACGUAAAGAAAAGCCCAAAGUUAAAGAACCUGUCAGCAGAAUCGAGAAGGCCAAGCAGAAAUCAGCCCAGCAGGAGCUGAAGCAGAGACAGAGAGCAGAGAUCUAUGCCCUCAACAGAGUCAUGACAGAACUGGAGCAGCAGCAGUUUGAUGAAUUCUGUAAACAGAUGCAGCCUCCUGGAGAGUGAACCACCCCUGUGUUCACACUAGAUGGGACCCUGGAAGCUUUGUUUAUGAGCGUGUUACCAGUUUUAAGCUGAGAUGGCCCAUUUGGAGCCUUACACAGCUAGACAAGAAGAGAUUUGUGUUAUUCCUGAAACUGGAUAAAUCAGAACUUCCUGUAUGUAACUUGCUUCACUAGUUCCUCCAAUCUGAAUGGCCCAUUACUUGCUGAAGAGACUUCUUCUAUUCUUCCAAGACAGUACAUUCUUUUGUUUUUUAACUUUUUCUAUUGUUUGAAAAAAAAAUCAGUGUUUCUUCUGAAACUGUAAACCUUCUCCAAAAAUACAAAUAAAAUAGUAAUAAAAUGUU